UCUUCCAUCCAUAACCAUGGCCCACCAUCACCUCCCAACCUACGCCAUCCUCUUCUUCGUCAGUCUCAUCUCCACCGUCCUUCUCCGGACAAUCAUCUCCAAGAUCCGGCGGACUAAGGCCAGAUUCCCGCCAGGCCCGGUAGGAUUCCCAAUCAUCGGCCACCUCCACCUCCUCGGCCCUAUCCCUCACCGAUCCCUACACAAGCUCUCCGAGCGAUACGGCCCAUUACUCCACCUUCGCCUCGGUUCCGUCCCCUCCAUCGUUGCCUCCUCCGUCGAGACUGCCGAAGAGAUCCUCAAGACCCAAGAGACAUCAUUCGCCUCCCGUCGCCAGCCCUCGGCCUUCCGUCGCCUCACCUAUGGCUCCUUCGAUAUGGCCUGGGCCCCCUACGGGCCCUACUGGAAAUUCUUGAAGAAACUUUCCGUGUCCGAACUCUUCAGCAGCCGAACACUCCAGCAUAUGCUGCCGGUGAGGCGCGAAGAGAUAAUGAGAUUGUUGCAAGUGCUACUGAAGAAAUCCGAAGCAGGAAAUGCGGUUGACGUCGGCAGCGAGCUGGAGAAGAUGACGAAUAACGUGAUAUCGAGAAUGAUGAUGAGCGGGAUCUGUACCAGCACCGACGGAGAGGCCGACGACGUCAGGAAGGUGGUGCACGAGGCGCUGGAGCUCAUGGGUGCGGCGAAUGCGUCGGACUAUAUAGGGUUCUGCAGAAAUUUGGAUUUGCAGGGACUGAGGAAGAGGUCGGAGGACGCGCACUGCAGGUUUGAUAGAUUGGUGGAGAGGAUUAUCAAAAAGCAUGAAAAAGCGAGGAAGAUGAACGGUGGCGAUGGUGCGAAGGAUAUUCUCGAUAUCUUGCUCGAUGUCUCAGAAGAUGAGAGUGCCGAAGUGAAAUUAACGAGAGACAACAUCAAAGCUUUCAUGCUGGGUAUCUUUGUGGGUGGAACAGAUACGUCUUCCAUUACAACCGAGUGGGCAUUAGCAGAACUCAUCAACCAUCCUGAUAUGCUUAUGAAAGCAAGGGCUGAGAUCGAUUCAGUCGUCGGAAAGGAAAGAUUGGUUGAAGAAUCAGACGUCCACAAUCUCCCUUACAUCCAGGCAAUCGUAAAGGAAACGUUUCGAUUGCACCCAACAAUCCCCUUGAUUGUAAGAGAAUGCACCAAUGACUGUAAGAUUGACGGCUACGACAUCCCAUUGAAUAGCCAAGUUUUCAUAAGUGUGUGGGCCAUUGGAAGGGACCCAGAGUAUUGGGAUGGCCCACUUGAAUUCCGUCCGGAGCGAUUCAUGCCGUCGGAUAAAGAGAGUGACCAAAGCUGGGUAGAUGUUAGGGGACAGCAUUUUCAGCUCAUACCGUUCGGGAGCGGAAGGAGAGGUUGCCCAGGCACGAACCUAGCCCUGCAUGUCAUACACACCACCAUUGCUCUUAUGGUCCAAUGCUUUGAUUGGAAGAUUGGAAAUGGUGAAGAGAAUCCGGUCCUUGACAUGACUGAGGGGGGAGGAUUAGCACUUCCCAGAUCACAACCGUUGGUUUGUGUCCCAGUAGCCCGUCUAAAUCCAUUCCCUUCGAUUGGUUAGGGAAUUGGGGCUAACUGGUGUUUUCAGUUCUGAUGAGUGGGACGCAUGGUUGGAUAAUCCAAACGAAUGGUCUGUUGAGUUCUAUUUGUGAAUGGGAAAAAAAAAAAAAAAAAAAGGCCUAGAGUGCAUCCAUUGUUGGAUACAAUAGACUCAAUGGUCUGGAUUACUAAAUCAUGGCCCCACUUGUCUAAAUUGAAAGCAGGAGCGUUCACUGUGGAAAGAUGCAAACCUGAAGUGGUUACCUCUAUCUUGAAUUUGCAUUGUUAAAUAUUAGCGUUAAUAUCUUGGUGGGCCCCACAUGUAUGUCCCUUUUCCUUAAUAUUAUUUCGUUUUAUCUCUUGGCUUUUGUUUGUUUUUAAGUCGCAUCUUGAAUGCUAAUAAGGAAAGUUGGU